CUACUUGCAUACUAUUUAGGACAGAAUUGUGCGGAAUCCGUUGUGGCUUUGUUCUACGUUGUGUAAAAGCUAGCGUAUCUGCCACAGACACACACUGAAUAGCUAGCAGGUUGCGUCAGAAGGACACAAGCUUUUGCACAAUGUCUGUUCCUCCUAACUACUCUGACCUCGGAAAAGCGGCGAAGGAUAUCUUUAGCAAAGGCUAUGGCUUUGGAAUAGUAAAGCUGGACCUCAAGACCAAGUCUCAGAAUGGAGUUGAAUUCAACACAUCUGGCUCUACUAAUAUUGACACUGGCAAGGCCGGUGGGAGUUUGGAGACCAAGUACAAGCUGAAGGAGCUGGGUCUGGGUCUCAAUCAGAAAUGGAACACGGACAACACUCUCACUACUGAGCUUUCUGUGGAGGACCAGCUGGCAAAGGGCUUGAAGGUGGCGCUUGACACAUCCUUUGUUCCAAAUACAGGCAAGAAGAGUGGCAAGCUGAAGACUGGCUACAAACGGGACUACAUCAACCUGUCCUGCGAUGUUGACUUUGAGGGCCCAGUUGUGCAUUCUGCAGCUGUUUUGGGCUACGCAGGCUGGUUGGCUGGUUACCAAAUGGCAUUUGACACAGCUAAGUCCAAACUGGUGCAGAACAACUUUGCUCUUGGCUACAAGGCUGGCGAUUUCCAGCUACACACCAAUGUAAAUGAUGGAACUGAGUUUGGUGGCUCUGUCUACCAGAAGGUGAACAAUCAGCUGGAGACUGCAGUCAAUCUGGCCUGGACUGCUGGCAGCAACAACACGCGCUUUGGCAUCGCUGCCAAGUACCAGCUGGACAGUGAUGCUUCUUUGUCUGCCAAGGUGAACAAUGCUAGUCUGAUUGGAAUUGGUUAUACUCAGACUCUGCGACCAGGUGUGAAGGUGACACUCUCUGCACUCAUCGAUGGCAAGAAUUUCAGCACUGGAGGACAUAAAGUUGGAAUGGGCUUUGAACUCGAAGCAUAAAUGCCCAAUCUAGUGGUAUUUCUCCUCCACUUUCCAUUGUUCGUUGUACACAAGCAUUACCCCAUCACGUUGAAAAACAAAAACGUGAUCAUCGGUGCUGUUUUGAGUGACAGUCAACGCUUGAACGCUAAAUGCCUCCAUCCAUUAAGUAGAUGGUGCACCAAUGAUAGGAAUGUUCUGAGUUCUAAAAACUUAAAUAUUCUGUUAAAGAUAAUUGUUAUUAAAAAACACUGCACUACAACUACAGAUUUCAUGGCAUUUAAUGACAGUUGGAGUUGUUAUACACUUAAUUCAAGACUUUUUUCCCCUGUUUAUUACUAGAGAUAACUUUGCAUAAUAUAACAUAAGCGAAGCGUUAGCUGCUGUCUUCUGGGGGAUUUCGGUAUGGAAAGUAGGCAUGCUAAUAGGUCGCAGUGUCAUAUUCUGUAGUCGGUACCCAGACUUUUCAACGUGAUUGAGAGAACAUGUCAAUAGAUUUCUUCAUCAGCAUCCUGCAAUAAACUUCAACUGAAAACUGGUA